UCUAUGAACAAGAAGUAUCCUAUAUUUGUUGUGUAAUUUAGCUUUUUGGAUGGGACUGCUAAAGCAUCUUUUGCAUUCUCCCUCUAAUAGUGUCUGCAGACAUGGCCCAUGGAGUUCACCCAAAUUUUACUGAAAAGCAUGAAGAACAUCAUCGACCUGAAUUGCAAAAAGGACUUGUCAUCAAGCACAAUGCAAACCAGCGCUAUGCUACCAGUGGAAUAACAUCUUUUCUUUUUAAGGAAGUCGGAAAAAUCCAUAACCUUCCAACUCAGGAAUUUGUGGUUAGAAAUGAUAUGGGAUGUGGAUCGACCAUAGGUCCCAUACUUGCAUCUGGGGUUGGCAUCCGAACUGUUGAUUGUGGAAUUGGUCAACUCUCAAUGCACAGUGUGAGAGAAAUAUGUGGAACGAAAGAUGUAGACAUAGCUUACCAGCAUUUCAAGGCGUUCUAUAAAUCUUUUUCAAGCAUAGACAAGAAGAUCAGUGUGGAUUUCUGAGCUUGUUGGUUCUUGUUGGUAACAUGACAUAGCCUCUCAAGGCAUUCAACAAAACCCUUUCAAGCAUAAACAAGAAGAUCUGUGCGAAUUUCUGAGCUUCCUGAUCUCUUUGGUACCAUGACAUUAUCAUGAAAGAGUUCCGCUUCACUUCUGAGCUCAUAAGGUGCGCAGUCCUUAGCUCCAUUGACCCAUCCCCCAACAUUGCUCUAAAUUAAAUUUUUUAUAUGGUAAGUUGGGGAUAAGAACUUGCUUCAAGGUAAAAAAUUUUAUGCAUCUAAAUCGGUUUGGAGCUCGUUGUGAAUCAGAACUAAGCUUUUUUUUUUCCGUUCCUUCCCAUUUUUUUCCUUUUUUUUUUUUUUUGUUCUAAAUUUGAUUGGACUUCAUGAUCUCUGCUUAAUUCUUGACAAUAAAGCUUUAUUUGCAUUCUUGAAGCAUUUGUAUUGUCUUGUUUAUCUAUUAUCUA